GUAGCAGCAGAUUAUAAUUGCCGGCUAUCGGCUGAUACGCCGCCCAUGCGCGUAUUCCUGCUUACAUUCUUCGGCCUGUUCAUCCGCAUCUGCUUCAUUAAGAGCCUUGGCGCAGCGCUCAUGACAAUCACAGAUCCCGCGCAUAUCGUCGUAUUUGCGGACGGCUCAACGGGCGCCCAAUCACGCAAGUUCUCUCUCCUUGGGGUCGCUUUGACCAAUUCCACCAACAACAUCGUCAAUACGUACUCCGCCGGCCUGUCAAUACAAGCCCUCGGAUGCCCAUUCGCCGUCAUCCUGCGCUUCUUCUGGAUUUUCCUCGCUUUCGUUUGUAGCAGGGGUUGCAGGCAAACACUUCAUCCAUUACUCCGCCAUUAA